AUGCCAGAGUUUGUUUCGUCGACAGCCGCUGUGAUGCCAGAGUUUGUUUUCUCUGCUGGGGUGGGUGGUUCCCUAAAAGAUGGCCUUAUUGCUAGUGAGAAAAGAGCUCGUACCCAGGAGAUGUUGAAUGUUGGCGGACUGGAAUCGGACGAGCCGUCUCCCCCUCUUCCUCCAAUCCCGAUGAGUUUUAAGGAUAAAGUUUCUGGGAUUUUGAAUGUUGGCGGACUGGAAUCGGACGAGCCGUCUCCCCCUCUUCCUCCAAUCCCGAUGAGUUUUAAGGAUAAAGUUUCUGGGAUUUUGGUAUGGUGGAGGAUCAAAUGGUGUUUAGCGAUGAUGAUGUUGUAA